ACGGAUAUGACGCUCUCAGUCCCGCUAUUUUGUUUAACAUAUUUACAUAUAAACCGCUCAUUCGGAUUUUUUUAAAUGUAAAAUAAUAUAUAAAUUUGUCUCCUAAACAAUCUCAAUGUGCUUCCGUUUGUAUUAAUUCUAUUUUUAAAUGUAAUGAGCUGUGCGUGUGUGAGAUUGUUUACAUUUACACGCGGUUGUGUUAUUUAGUUCCUAUGUUAAGGACCCAAUGUUUUCGCAAAUUGUUUGAACUUUUGCACCGAAUUUUGGAUUUUUAAAGAGUUUAGAACACCAGAGAGCAUGUUUUGCUAACGUGCGAAAAAUAAAGAAAAGUAAAGAUGACGAUAUCUACUCAUAAGAAUCGGAGGAUCCAGUACCUGGCAGCCUUUUCGGUGUCUCUGGCUUCUUUGACGCUGGGCAUCUCAUCCGCCUGGCCCACGCCUGUGCUACCCAAGCUAAAGAAAGAGGGUUUUGAAAUCAGCGAUGCUGAAAUAGGCUGGAUGAUGGCGAUGUCGUCGCCAGGUUUCAUAGUAGGCAGCCUGGUCACGCGGUUCUUCGCUGACAGGUUCGGUCGGCGAGCAUCCGUCCUGAUCAGCGCCUGCCCCAUCGCCAUCGGCACGUUAGUGGUAGCGUUUGCUCUUAAGGCUUGGCUGCUCUACGUGACCAGGUUUCUGUGGGGAGCAGGAACUGGGAUGGUUAGCAUAUUGGUGCCUAUGUAUAUAGGAGAAAUAUCAGACUCUGAAGUGAGAGCAACUCUGUCGCUGUUCACGCGGGUGAUGUUCAACCUGGGUAGCCUCCUGGUCAUGAGCAUUGGUAUGUUCGUUUCCUACGAAUGCCUCAAUUACAUGCUCCUGGUCUUGCCCGGGGCUUACUUCAUGGCUUGCCUCUGGAUACCAGAGUCACCUUAUUAUCUGUUGAAGCGAGGAAGAGUGGCGGAGGCGAGGACAGCGUUGAUGAAGCUUCGACAACGGAAGGAUGAGAAGGAGUUGGAAGACGAGCUGGCUCGGUUGCAGGCCGAUGUUCGCAAUGAAACUCGCCGCUCUGGCUCGCUAAAGGAACUGAUGAUUGGUCGACAGUAUCGAAAAGCUGUCAUCAUCGCUGCAGGUUUGAAAGUGAGUCAAAUAAUGACGGGUUCUAUGGCGGUACAGCAGUACUUAAGCAUAAUUCUUGAAGAGAGUAAGAUUACCAUGCAGAUGUCUACUGCCGUUAUUGUAUUUGGUGCUGUUCGGUUUGUUGUUGGUAUAAUGAGCUCCAUACUAGUGGACAGAGUUGGCCGUCGCCCCCUGCUAAUUUACUCUCUCCUGGGUACUGGUGUUUCCUUAGCUGCGGUCGGCACAUAUUUCUACCUAAAAGAUAUUCUCGAACUAAACCAAGAAUCUCUCAGCCCUUAUUCUUUUAUUCCAUUUGCCGGCAUAAUCAGCUCCACAGUUCUUUCAACUUUAGGCUAUAACUCUAUUAUUUUUGUCAUCCCAGCUGAAAUUUUCCCUUUAAAUGUUAAAGCUGUAGCCCUGUCUUCACUUAGCAUAUUUGGAGGUGUGUGUGGGUUCACUUUAGCCAAGGGAUUCCAGGUUUUGCAGAAUCUGGCAGGGUUCUGCGCUGUGUUCUGGGUAUUUGCAAGCGUUGCCGUUGCUGGAACAAUAUUUACCAUGUUAUAUGUACCCGAAACAAAAGGGAAAAGUCUAAAAGAUAUACAGGUUCUCCUGCAAGGAGACUUGUACUUUGAUGAUCGGUGUGAAAAGUUGAAUGAAGUUGAAAAUGCUGAAAAAAAUGAAUGUCAGAAUGAGUUGCAAGAGAUAAGUCUGAAGGAUGUUAAGUGUUAAUAUAGUUUAAUACCUAGUAUGAUUAAUGUAAUAUUUUUAACCAAACUGACAAUAAAUAUAUUCGUUAUAAGUAAUUGUUGAAAAAGUGUGUUAAUGUUCAGUACCUAUACUAGGUAGGUUAUUCAAGUUCUCAAAAAUAUAGUAGGUAUAUAUAAUCUGAUCUGAUCUGUGAUACUAGGUUUGAUCUCAUUAUGGCUUGAUCAUUUUAAUAUGUAUUACUAAACCUUUUGUGCCACCCUUGCUAUUGUCUAUUAUGUAAAACUAUCACAGUCAAAAUUGUGUACGACAGCACCGAACGUCAAUUUAAUUGUUUUGCUCAGUAGCACAAUCGGAUUAGGACUAACCUCAAAAUUUCUUCCACAGUUAUGAAAUUUAGUACAUGUUAAUUAAAUGUCUCUUUUUUAUGUCCAUACUAUUUGACAUUUGGGGACCUCGAGGAAUCGCAGCCAUCUUGGCAAAUGUGUACCAUCCUGGAGAAAUUUGCGUUUUACUCUAAAUGUACGUUCUCUAUGAAUAUAUGGUGUAAGGCAACAUUAAAGCUUAUUCAAUUCUACACAAAUAAGCCCGAGAUAUCUUUGCGGAAAAGUACAUUUUGUAAUAGAAAAUAAUUGUUGAAUCCAGAUUUAGCGCUUAUACCCUUUCAGGGGAUAUCCUCUUAAUAUGAAACUUAGAGGAAUAUGAAUUCCACUUUUGUCUAUACAUUUGUACACGUUAGUCGAGUUAAAACCCCAAUAUCAAAAUUUUACUCGACUGCGACUUUAACAGGCGGUUACCUGAGCCAGAAGGCGAAAAAUCUCCUUAUAUGAUCAUGUUUUUCUAAGAGGCAUUGAUAUUCGUAGACGUUGAAAAAAUAUAUGUAGUUCUUGGCUAUUUUAUCUUUAACAACAUAGCUUCCGAUACACGAAUUAUGACACUUCGCUCGAUACAAUUAAUUCCCAAAGUAACCUCUAACUCUGACUUUUAAUCCUACUUUACUCGGUUAUUUAUUACGUGAUACUAUAAACAAAAAAAGAAGAAAAAACAAUCUUAACUUAAAUAGUAAUUUCAUAGCUUUCGAAUUUCGAUAUUGUAAGGUAACGUUUUUAAAAUAAAUAAAAAUCGACAAAAUUCGGUCAAAAUUGACACUUGGCGCGUAUGAUCUUUCCCGUUCUUUCUUGCGAAAUGGGACAGUGACAGCGGCAAACCAAUGGAACGGCCAAUCAGUACACCCUGCAGCGUAGGAUACUACAGCUAGUAUUAGCGACAUGUGAGCGACAUUAAUAAUACGUCUGUAUGUAAUUUACCCUCGCGUCACUUUGCGGUUCUGUGCCGACAGUUACGACUUAAUCAAUAUUUCAUAAUUUUGUGCCUAUGUAUCUCUUUUGGAGAUCUGUAUAGAUAUUUUGGCAUUUAUAUAAAAAUUAUAACGAUAAGCAAUGUAUAAUGGAGGUACUUAAACUAACUUUAUAUUUGUUUUAUACGAAGAUGCUAAUAAAUGGUUAUAUUUAAAAUA